UAGUAAAAAAAUAAUAAUAUAAAAUAAAAUGAGUUUAUUAGAAAAGUUUCUUGAAAUUAAUAAUGAUCUCUCAAAUCCUCAAUUAUUUGCUGUUAGUCUUUAAGGGUAAACUCUUUUUAUUUUCACAUUUUAGGUUUGAGUAAUUUUAAGAUGAAUUAUGUUGCUCGUAAUCUAAUUUUACUUAAAUCGAUAAUUACUCUCUCUGGUAUAUAUUUAAACUUAUCUCUUAGCAUUUGUUAAGAAGAAUCUUAACAAUUAUAAACCAUUAUUGCUAAUUUCAAAAAAGAGUUCAACAUCAAUCCUUAAAUUAUUAAGUAAAAUUCCUAAGAGUAAAUUCUCAAAGCAGAUAAACGUUAUCAAGUACAUUUUGUGUGUUUAGAAAUCUGGAAUUUCCUAAUGAAAGUUGCCAAAGGAGGUUUUUCAUUAUAUUGCUAUUUUUAUAGGCCCUUGUAUACCUAUUUAUACAAUAGAAAUUAACAAUCUUAAAAAGAACACUCCUCAUAAUUUUACAUUUCUGUCACAACAAGAUAUCGAAGGCUUGCCAAAAGAUCUCCUUAUACCAGUAGACAUGACUCAAAUGGAGUUUUUGAUUUAAACUGAAAAUGAUUCUUUUACUUACUUAACCAAGGUUGUACCCUUAGCUUUUACUAUUGAAUAAGUUAUUAAUAAAAUACUCUCAUAACAAUUCAACAUUUCAAAUUACAUGUGUUUUAACUAAACAAAUAAAAAACUUAUCUAAAACAAAAAUACAACUUUAAUCUAUGAGUUAGAUUUUAAAUCUCUAUGGUUUUUCAAGCCAAAUCAAUAGGAAAAUAGAUUUUCAGAAAAUUUGGAUGAAGUUAUCAUGCAGCAAGAUUUCCAAAAUCUCAAUACUGGUUCAACAGAAUCGACUUAUGAAUCAAGGGAAAUUCAAUCCUUAUUAGAUAGUUCAUAACCGCAUGAAUUCGAAGAUGAUCCUAAUCUCCAUAACAAGAGUAAUUUAAGUACUAAAAUUUUAUUAUAAGUCUUGAGAGAUAUUAAUGAGUUUAGAAAUGAAAUCGAAUCCAUUCUCUAAUUUCACAAAAAAUAGCCUCUUUUAUUGCUUAAAGAGGAAUAGGCCAUUGAGAAUAUAAAUCAAAUUAUCUUAUAAAUUGAGUAGGAAAACUGUUUCAAAAAAGAGUAACAAGAAGAAGGAACUAAUGAUGAACUUAUUGAUUAUUAAGAUAUUUGA